GACAACAGAGUCAGAAGAAUUCCUAAGGAAACGGCACUUGAAUCCCCAAGAAUUUAUGACUAUUAAUGAAAUAAUUCAAUAUUGGGGAUACCCCAGUGAAGAGCAUGAAAUCCUGACAGAGGAUGGCUACUACUUGCAAGCAAACAGAAUUCCUUAUGGAAUGCAGAGUUCUGGGAAGACAGAUGCUGGCUAUGAUGUUUGGCUAAUAAAUAAUAGAGGUACCAGCUGGUCUAGAAGACACAAGACUCUGUCAAUUGACCAAGAAGAAUUUUGGAAUUUCAGCUUUCAUGAAAUGGCAAUUUAUGAUAUUCCAGCAACCAUAAACUUUAUUCUGCAGAAAACUAAGCAAAAAAACUUGUAUUAUAUUGGCCAUUCCCAGGGAGGUACGUUGGGUUUAAUUGGCUUUUCACUCAGGCCACAGGUUGCUCAGAAAGUCAAGCUCUUCAUGGCUUUGGCUCCUACCUACACAUUUGUGGACACCAGUGGACCUGCGGCGCUAUUUUUCAAUCUUCCUGAUGGAUUUAUCAGACUGAUAUGGGGGAAGAAAGAAUUUGUUGGUUUUAGUAACAAACAGAAAAGACUGAAUGCCAAGCUGUGCAGUUAUCCCGUAAUAGAUGAGAUUUGUAUUCAAACUAUUUUCCUAACCAGUGGAUGCAAUCCAAAUAACUUAAACGUGAGUCGAGCUGAUGUAUAUAUUGGAAUUGUUCCCGAUUUUGCUUCUGUAAAAAACAUGAUCCAUUUGGCCCAGGUUUUUAAAUCAAAAGAACUGAAAUAUUUUGACUAUGGCAGUAAGAACAAAGCUAUAUACAAUACGACCACUCCUCCAUUCUAUCAAAUCGAAGACAUGGUUGUGCCAAGUGCUGUGUGGUAUGGUGGACAUGAUAUUAUAGAAAACAGAAAGGACAUUCAGCUGUUGCUUCCUCGAAUCUCUAAUUUGGUUUUCCACAAGUAUAUUCCGGAAUGGCAGCAUGCUGAUUUUUUAUGGGGUCUGGAUGCUUCAAAGAAACUAUACCCUGACAUAUUUCAUCUGAUGCUGAAGUACAAAUAAAAUGUUACAAAAGCCAUAUAUACUGCAUAUAUUCCAUUGGGGUUGCCAUAUGGCUGGAAUUUGCUGGACCUAUCCGGAAUACUGCAGUCAGAAGUAGUGUCCAGGCAGAAAUUGCUAAAAUGUCAAGGAAAAUCCAGAUGUAUGGCAACCCAUGUCGGACUUGUCAUUUUUGGUGAUUCUCCUUAAAAAUUCUUUCACAAAUUUCCAAAAAAAUUCACAACAACUUUUCUGUCUGGAUUUUAACUGUUACAAAUAUGCCAACCCCAAUUCCAUGUGACUGUAGAUGCUGCAAUAGGUCUGUACAAUAUGUAUAUGUGAUCAAUUUGUUAAUUACUUGUU